UUGUUUUUAACCAGUUUCUGAGCAGUCCUUACAUCCACAAAGGAUGAGACUUCAGUGACGACUGCACAGAACAUAUUAAGUCUUCUUCCUUAAAUUACUGAUAUCCUGCAGUUUUAGCUCUUUCGUCACAGUACUUUCCAUUCCUUUACAUUCCUAUAUGUAUAAGUAUGACCCGGAAAAGUAGACCUGGGCGACCUAAAUCUUGCAAAUACGAUACAUAUAGGACACGGGCCAGAGGCAGUAUUGUAGAUGAGACUCUUUUUGGAGAUCCGCUCAGUGUACGACUGAUGUCAAGAAGUAAGAGUAUGGAAACUAUUUCAAGAGAAGGACGUCUGAACCCGGAGCUAGAGGAGCAAAAAGGUUUUGAUCCUCUUGGAUCUAGACCCAGAGGUCACUUUACCCCUGGAAAACAGCGUCCUAAAACUGCUCUGGCUACUAUGAGGGUUCCAAGAGAUCUCGAGUUUUCUCCUAGAGAUGAAUCCAGGAGUAACCAGGAUAUGGUCGGUUCACUCGUUAUAUCAUCAUUCGAGUUCAGAAAAAUCCGAGAAGCUUCUAAGGAGAUGACGAAGGAGGAACGGGAGUUGUUACUGGGCGGGGAAAGGAGUAUGAGCUCCCCCUGGGCAGUACGACGUGCUGUACAACUUCCAGAACCGGUUUAUUCACCACCAGCUCUAAGAACACCGUCACCACGUGAUGGAGCUACGCUAGAGAGGGCAAACAGGCUACGAGAGGAGAACCUUGAGGAGGUGAGACGAUUAAACGAACUGAUAUUGGCGGCUAAAUGUAAUGCUGUUCUUGAUAAACAGGUUGCGGAGAAAGAACGAAGAUUGGCUGAGAUGGCAGAAUCAGAUCGACACAGAGAGGAGGAAAUUGAAGAAGAAAGAAAGAAAGGAGAAUCUAUGACAAACCUCAGAGAUAAAAGUAUCAAUAAGUUUUAUUCAGAUUACAAACUCCAGUUACAAGAUCAGCUGAAGGAAGCCGAAGAAGAAAGAUACAGGCAACUACAGAUAAAGGAGUAUGAGUCUGAAUUAAGAAGAAAAGAAGAAGAAGCGGCCAGAGAAGAGGAUAGAAUAACCAGAGAGAAACAAUAUGCUAAGAAGCUCGCAAUACAGGAUCAGUUUAAACAAGAGCAGCAGGAGCUAAAUAGGAGACAGAGAUUAGAACAGGAGAAGGAGAGGAUACAUCAGGAGCAGAUCCACGAACUAGAGACAAGGCGGAGAGAGGCGGAGGAGGAGAGAGAAAGGGCUGAGAGAGAAGUCAAGUUUAAACGAGAACGGGAGAUUAUGAGAAUGUCUCAAACCCAGGAGAAAGAGAAAAGUCUUCUAUCCCGGGCGGAGGAGGUUCGGUUAGCUCGACAGAGAGAAGAGAAGGAGAGGGUGUGGAGAGAAAACCAAAUAAAUGCUGAGAGAACCAGGAGAGAGAGAAUUAAUCAGAUCGAAGAGACUAGAAGGGAGCAGUUAGAAAUAAGACGGAGAAAAGAAAUGGAAGCCCAGGACCAGGAGAAAUCAUAUUGGACACAGAACCAUGCAAGGUGGAAGUCUGAGGUAGAACAGGAGAGGAGAAGGGAGGAGGAGAAGUAUACUGCCAGAAAGUUGUAUCAAACCAGCCUCAAACAUCAGAUGGAGAUGAGGGAGAUGGAAGGGAUGAGAGAGAAGGAGGAGGAGAGGAGAAGGUUGGAUGAAGAGGAGAGAAGAAGGAAGGAGGAGAAGGAGAUUGUGGAUAGAGUUAAGGAGAGGAAAUUUCAGGAGCUCCAGGAUCUAGACAUACCGGAGAAAUACAGGAAGGAGAUACAAAGACAGUGUACUGUCAGAGAUAAAACAAAGUUUACAAAAUCAUAUCAUAUGAGACGCUGAUCAUUAUUCAUUAAUCAUAUCACUGGAGCUUGAGAACCCAGUGUUGCCCAGGGUACUCGAAGCUACUCCUGCCGUUUACCCGCGCUUGGUCGUAAAUUGUAAUUUUAGCUGUUUUUCCUUAUUAAUGUAGACCCAUUCAACUUAAAAUCUCAAAACCAAGCUCCUUAAUUAAAAUUUGAAGCAAAUCGGUCUAUGGGUUUAUCAGCUUUGAUCAGACAUCCAAACAAACAGGGAUUUCAACUUAUAUAUAUAUAUAUAGAUUAUUUGUAAUAAAUCCUAUCAUAUGAUACGCGUAAAUCCUUUAUGAAUAAAUACCAUUAUAUAACACAUUGAUCCUUAUUGAUGAAUCCAUUAAUUUUAAACGCUAAUCCUUUUUAAUUAAUUAUAUCACAUGACAUGCUAAUCUUAUAAGUAAAUCAAAUUAUAUCAGACGCUGAUACUUUUUAACAAAUCACACCGAAAGUGCAUAUCGUAUAUGCAUAUAUAAAUAGU